AUGGCUGUGUCGGAACAAAAGACGACGCCCAAGUCUGCCCACGUCUCCGACCCUGCGCUUGCCCCGUUUCUGGGGUCGCGCUUCGAUGCCGCCGAAUACCUCAACGCCACGCUCCCCUCGCUCUCGCUAGCUGCCAGGCCGAAAUCGAACAAUGCCGCCUCGCUAGCCGACCUCUCCUCCCAGGCCCAAGACCUCCUCUCACAGCUCAAUGCGCAUACGACGCGGUUAUCGGCGAUACUGACACAGUUGACCGAUGACAUACUACGAAGCGGCGGGCGCUUGGCGUACGAGGUCGAGGUGCUGCGGGGAGAGGCCAUUGGGCUUACGGAGACCUUGACAGAUGGGUUGAAGGGCGAUGUUCAGAAGUUCCUACCAGGCGGAAUAGCGAUAAAGACGGAGUCGUCCGAUGACGAAGCUAAGAGCGCAGAUGCGCCAGAUGAGCAACCGUCACAGCCAGCGCUGGAGGUGCCCGAUGAGACCACCCCAGAGUACAUCUCCGACCUCCGCACCCUCACCACAGUCCGCUCGCGCCUCGAGACCGUCAUCAAAGUCUUUGGGGAAGCCAUGCACUGGUCCAUACCACCCUCGGAGGUCUCCCUAGGAGCCUCCCUUAUCAGCGUCUCCGCCCCCGAACCCGGCACAGACAGCGCUUCGCGUGAACAAAAAGGCAAAGAAUUCGCUGCCUCCCUGCGCACUGAGUUCGCCGACCUCAUCACCGGCGACCCAGACGGCGGUAUGGAAAAGGCAGAGGUGCGCAUACAAGCUUUGAGAGACCUAGCGCAGGUCUGGAAGGGCACAGCAGAGGAGAAGGCGAGGACCAAGUUCGUGGAGGGUCUGGUCAAGUUGGCAGAAGAUAAGCAAAGAGAGCUCGAUAGGGAGAAGGAGAGGAACAAGGAGCGUGGUCAGCAGAAACACGCUCGCAGUGGCAGCGUGCCGAAGCCGCAGCAGCAGCCACAGCAGCAAAGAGGCGGCUUCCUGGAGAACCUGCAGAGGAGGUUUGUGGAAUGA